CACAUAUGCGCCUGCGAUGUCACCACAUGCGCAGCUGUGUUUUGGAGCAGCAGUCAGCAGCUGAAGCCUCUCACUGCACCGGUUAGCUGAGCAUGUGUACAGAUUUCUACACAUGUUUAACGAUGCAGCUGAUGUAUAAGAGCAAAUGAAAACAUGCCAAAGUCCGUGAAGAAGUCGUGCAACACUCAGACCUCCAUCAGCAGGUACUUCACAGGUCGGAGCAGCAGCAGCUGUGGGAUUAACCCAAAUCCUGCACAGCUCCAGCUCUCCAGAGGCAAGAAGAAACCUUCCCCUGAUGAUGACUUUGGAUUACCAACAAAACGAGCCAAGCUUUCUGUCCGAGAGCAGCAGCAGGUGGAGGAUUUGGACUGUGAGCCGCCGGCAUCCUGUCAGAGCAUUAAAGAGACGACGCUAACGCCGAGCCGAGGAGCAGCCGGCCUCUGCUCCUCCACCUUGGAGAAGCUGAAAGGCUUCACCUGCUCGUCUGAGCCCAGCGUCACUCCUCACAGCGUCACUCCUCACAGCGACACUCAGAGGGAAGUUAAGAAGACAGACGGUGCUAGCAGUGAAAUCUGUGAACGAGGAAGCAGCGUCCGGCCUCCUCGGGACGUUAAAGAUCAACACAGCAAUAAAAUCCAACUCCGACAGCCAGAGGACGAGCAUGAGGAUGAAGAGGAGAUGAAAGAGGAGGAGAGUUCAGGGCCGGCUGCUACAAAACAGGGGUUCCACUUUUCUCAGUUUGCCAAGUCAGGAGGAGGAGGAGGAGGAAGACGGGGAGGAAGAGGUGCAGAGCCUAGUCCUCCUCCAUCAGACUCCAGCAACCCCUCCAGACGCACAAAGAGCGUGUACACUCCUCUGGAACAGCAGGUCAUCCAGCUGAAACAGCAGCAUACGGAUGCGUUGCUGGCUGUGGAGUGUGGAUACAAGUACAGGUUCUUUGGAGAGGAUGCAGAGAUUGCUGCAAAGGAGCUGAAUAUCAUGUGUCACCUGGAUCAUAACUUCAUGACGUGCAGCAUCCCCACGCACCGUUUGUUUGUUCACGUCAGGCGCUUGGUGUCCCACGGACACAAGGUUGGUGUUGUUAAGCAGACGGAGACGUCUGCGAUCAAGGCCUCGGGGGCCAAUAAGAACGCUCUGUUCACUCGUCAGCUGAGCGCUCUGUACACCAAGUCCACUCUGGUGGGAGAGGACGUGAACCCGGUCUGCAGACUGGGGGAUGUGGAGGAGGGGGGCCGUGGUGACGUGGUGUCGGACCCUCCUGACAGCUUCCUGCUGUGUGUCAGUGAGAACUGGGACAAAGUGAAGAAGCAGCUCACUGUGGGGCUGGUGGCGGUUCAGCCCAGCACAGGAGAUGUGUUACUGGACUGUUUCACCGACGGUCCGUCUCGCUCAGAGCUGGAGGGUCGCGUCCUAAAGAUCAACCCUGUGGAGAUCCUGGUGCCCUCUAACCUCUCAGAACAAUCCCACCGACUCCUGCAGAGCAUCGCCAACGCCAGCGCUCAGGCUGAUGACCGAGUGAGAGUUGAGAAGAGGGACGGCGCUCAGUUCGAGUUCACCACCGCAAUGAACACAGCCACCGAGUUCUACUGCCACACCCAGGACAAAGGCUCUCGCUCUCUGUCCAGCGUGGCCUCCUUGGAGAGCUCAGUGAUCUGCUGUCUGGGGCCGCUCAUCCAGUACCUCCAAGAGUUCAACUUAGAAAGAGUUCUUAGGAGUGAAAGCUCAUUCCGGCGUCUGUCCCGUGAGUCGGGGGGUAUGAACCUCAGUGCCGCCACCCUCAGGAACCUGGAGAUCCUCAACAAUCAGACAGAUGGCGGUGUGAAGGGCAGUCUGUUGUGGGUGUUGGACCACACUCGCACGCCGUUUGGGAGGAGACUGAUGAGGAAGUGGGUGAGCCAGCCCCUCACAGACCCGCAGUCCGUCUCAGAGAGGCAGGAUGCUGUGCAGGAGAUCCUGGAAUCAAACUCACUCACUUUGAAUUCAGUCAAAUCCCUGCUGUCGCAUCUGCCCGACCUGGAGAGAGGAAUCUGCAGCAUUUACCACAAAAAGUCUUCCACGCAGGAGUUUUACCUCAUUAGCAGCGGUCUGUCUCGCCUGGGGAAUGAGCUGCAGGCCUUGCUCCCAGCUAUCCAGUCACAGAUCAGCUCUGCGCUGCUCCAUGGCCUCCUGUUGGACACUCCUGACCUGCUGGCUCCGGCCCACAGCCACCUCAAGGUGCUCAAUGAAAAGGCUGCCAAGUCAGGAAAUAAGACGGAGCUGUUCUCAGAUCUGUCCGGCUUCCCGGUGCUGCAGGAAAGGAGGGAGCAGAUCCAGAGCGUCGUCGACGAGAUUCAAGACCACCGCAAAGAAGUCCGACUGGCGCUGAAGUCGCCGGCGCUGGACUACACGACCGUCUCUGGACUGGAGUUUCUGAUUGAGGUGAAGAACUCGCUGUCGUCCACCGUUCCACCUGACUGGGCCAAGAUCAGCAGCACCAAAGCAGUUGGCAGGUAUCACUCCCCUUUCCUGGCGGAGCGCUACAAGAAGCUGCUGCAGCUCCGAGAGCAGCUGCUGCUGGACAGCCAGAGGGAGUGGACCAAUUUUCUUGAUCAGUUUGGGGAGCACUAUCACACCAUGAAAAGGGCUAUUAGUCACCUAGCAACCAUCGACUGUCUCUUUUCAUUGGCUGAGGUGGCUAAACAAGGGGACUAUUGCAGGCCAGAGGUGUGUGAAGGACAGCGUCAGAUUCUGAUCACGGACGGCAGACACCCCGCCAUCGACCUGCUGAUAGGAGAGCACCACCAGUAUGUGCCCAACGUCACCCAACUACAGGGUGAUAGCAGGAGAACUAUGAUAAUCACUGGUCCUAAUAUGGGGGGUAAGAGCUCGUACAUCCGCCAGGUGGCUCUGAUCUGUGUAAUGGCUCAGAUGGGCUCCUACGUCCCGGCCUCUGAGGCCCGCCUGGGCGUGCUGGACGGCAUUUAUACCAGGAUGGGGGCUUCAGACAACAUCUAUAAAGGGCGCAGUACGUUCAUGGAAGAGCUGACCGAAGCCUCGGAGAUCAUUUUCCGCGCAACUGAACGCUCACUGGUCAUCCUUGAUGAACUGGGACGGGGCACGAGCACCCAUGAUGGGAUUGCCAUCGCCUACGCCACCCUGGAGUACUUCAUCAGAGAUGUGAAAGCUCUCACCCUGUUUGUGACGCAUUACCCUCCUCUGUGUGAGUUGGAGCGGGUGUAUCCUGAACAUGUGUCCAACUACCACAUGGCUUUCUUACUCAAUGAGCCCGACGUCGCCUCUGACACUGACGACGGAGAGGUUCAGCCAGAGUUCAUCACUUUCCUCUACCAGCUGACUGAAGGAGCUGCAGGGCGGAGCUACGGCCUGAACGUCGCCCGAUUGGCUGACAUCCCAGACGCUAUACUACACACUGCCGCACACAAAGCCAGAGAGCUGGAGAACACGGUCAACGCCAGGAGGAGGAAUAAGAAACUUCUCUCAGAUCUUUUGAGCGUCUCGGACAGAUCGUCCCUCAUGGAGUGGCUGAAGUCAAACUGUUGACGUCGCUGCAACAAUAUUCAACAGACACAUGAAGAAAAGAGAACUCGGCUCACGCUCAAAGAACAACACACAAGGAAGAAGUGAAAACUCAGAGUAGAGUGGUUGUUGCUGCUCUCUUUGCAAGUGUGUGUGUGUGAAAAUGAUUUUUCUCAAGUUCUGGUUUUCACUAUUAUCUGUACUGUAACCUCAAAACAUCAAUUAAUACCAACUGAUCAAGACUUUACAACCAACUAUAUGUGACAUUAAUGUGUUUGGUGAUUAAAUGAAAAAGAAAAAAAAAA